AUGGGCCCCUGUACCGCCUCCUCAUGCUGCUGCCAGGCCCGUAAUCUGCCAUGGGCCCCCGUACCGACUCCUCAUGCUGCUUCCAGGCCCGUAAUCUGUCAUGGGCCCCUGUACCGCCUCCUAAUGCUGCUGCCAGGUCCAGAGUGUGUCAUGGGUCCCUGUACGGCCUCCCAUUGCUGCUGUCUCCAUCGCCACACUCUGCCAUGUGCCACUUUCAGGUCUCCUCACACUGCUGGUGGGUUCCAUUUUGUCAUAGGGUGCUGUAUGGCCUCCCAUUGCUGCUGCCUCCACCGCCACACUGUGGCUCUACACUCUGGUUUUGGCCCCGUGACUGCCCAAAUGAGUGAAGUGUGCGGUGAUUCUAAGAUCGACGGCACUCAUCUGCAUGUCAUACUGACUGACAGUAUUAUUUCUCUUCCCCAGCAGACUCCAAGGGCAUUUAAAUUAAAGGUACAGUGUUCUGCACUAAUAUAA